GCGCCCGCCGCCCGCCCGCCCGCGCGGACCCCCGCCCCCGCGCGGGUCCCUUGAUUUUUUUUUAUUUCUAUUUUUAUUAAAGCUGAGGAGAGCAGAAGCCCCCCGCUGUCUCCUGCUGGAAGUGGGGGUGUUCUUGGGGGGGGGGGAGAAACUUAUUUUCAACAAGUUUUUUUUUUUUUUUUUUUUUGAAUUAAUUAUUUUAGCCCCUCUCCCCUUUCGAUGUGCGGCUUUGGACAUGCGGAGGCUACUGCAACCGUGUUGGUGGAUCUUUUUCUUGAAAAUCACCAGCUCCGUGCUCCAUGAUGUGGUGUGCUUCCCCGCUCUGACUGAAGGUUACGUCAGCUCCCUGCAUGAAAACAGACAUGGUAGUUCCGUGCAGAUACGGAGGCGAAAGGCUUCGGGGGAUCCUUACUGGGCGUACUCAGGUACCUAUGGUCCCGAACACUGGGUCACUUCCAGUGAGAAGUGCGGAGGGUAUCACCAGUCUCCGAUCGACAUUGUAGACCAUCAGGCGCAUGUUGGAGACGAGUAUCAAGAACUGCAGCUUGAUGGUUUUGACAAUGAAUCUUCUAACAAGACUUGGAUGAAAAAUACAGGAAAAACAGUUGCCAUCCUUCUGAAGGAUGAGUAUUUCGUGAGUGGCGCCGGGCUGCCAGGCAGAUUCAAGGCAGAGAAAGUGGAGUUUCACUGGGGUCAAAGCAACGGAUCGGCUGGCUCUGAGCACAGCAUCAAUGGCAAAAGGUUCCCUGUUGAGAUGCAGAUUUACUUCUACAAUCCUGAUGACUUUGACAGUUUUGGAACAGCAGUUCUGGAAAACAGGGUGGUGGGAGCCAUGGCCGUGUUUUUCCAAGUCAGUCAGAGGGACAAUCCCGCGCUGGAUCCCGUUAUCCAUGGGUUGAAGGGCGUCGUACAUCACGAGAAGGAGACCUUUCUGGAUCCCUUUGUGCUGAGAGACCUUCUGCCAACGUCGCUGGGGAGUUACUACCGCUACGCAGGCUCCCUGACAACUCCCCCCUGCAGCGAGAUCGUCGAGUGGAUAGUUUUUCGGAAGCCCGUUCCUAUUUCUUACCAUCAGCUGGAGGCAUUCUAUUCCAUAUUUACCACCGAACAGCAAGACCAUGUCAAGUCUGUGGAGUAUUUGAGGAAUAACUUCCGACCACAGCAAAAUCUGAACAACAGGAAGGUGUCAAAGUCUGCUGUGAAGGAUGCUUGGAGCCAAGAUACGACAGACAUCUUGGAAAACCCACUCGGUACAGAAGCUUCCAAAGCUUGCAGCACUCCUCCUGUCAACAUGAAAGUGCAGCCUGUGAACAGAACUGCAUUGCUUGUAACCUGGAACCAACCAGAAACAGUCUACCACCCUCCUAUCAUGAACUACAUGAUCUCCUACAGUUGGACUAAAAACGAAGACGAAAAGGAGAAGACUUUCACCAAGGACAGUGACAAGGACCUGAAGGCCAUCAUUAGCCAUGUCUCACCUGACAUCCUUUAUCUGUUCAGAGUUCAAGCAGUUUGCCGAAAUGAAAUGCGUAGUGACUUUAGCCAGACAAUGCUCUUUCAAGCUAACACUACUCGAAUUUUCGAGGGGACCAGAAUUGUGAAAACAGGAGUGCCCACCGCCUCACCGGCCUCCUCAGCUGACAUGGCGCCCAUCAGCUCCGGCUCCUCUACCUGGACCUCCGCCGGCCUCCCCUUCUCCUUCGUGUCCAUGGCCACAGGGAUGGGGCCCUCCUCCAGCGGCAGCCAGGCCACCGUGGCCUCGGUGGUGACCAGCACCUUGCUGGCGGGGCUGGGCUUCAGCGGCGGCGGCAUCUCCUCCUUCCCCAGCAGCGUGUGGCCCACCCGCCUCCCCGCGGCGGCGGCCCCCAGCAAGCAGCCGGGCCGGCCGGUGGUGGCCGCCACCGAGGCCACGUCCUCACCGGAGCGGGACGCGGCGCUGACCAAGGAUGGCGAGGGAGCGGAGGAGGGAGAAAAGGACGACAAGAGCGAAAGUGAGGAUGGGGAGAGGGAGCAUGAGGAAGAGGAAGAAAAGGACACGGAGAAGAAGGAGAAGAGCAGAGCGACUGAGGCUGCCGCGGACGUGCGAAAUAGCACAGAGCCGCCGCAAGCCACUGGUGCCCCCAAUAGGACUGCUGGGGAGGAAGGAAAUAAAACCAUAUCGGGUCAAGAGCAAAACCAAAAUGUUGCCCCAACAGAUGGACAUCCCACGGAGGAGACUUCUACAGCAGCAGAGCCCCAGCCCCCGCCUCUCCCCUCCACCCAAGUGCCAUCAGUGUUCACCGACGAACUUUCCCUGGGCAAGAGCCCACGAAAACCAGAGACAACAAGGAAACCUCUUCCAAAGGAGGACCGCUUUCCAGAGGAAAACCCCUCAGAUAACAAAUUCAUCACCAUCAACCCAGCUGACAAGAACAGCUCCAGCAUGGCCACGAGACCUUCUACUGGUAAAAUGGAAUGGAUCAUCCCGCUUAUUGUGGUCUCAGCACUGACCUUCGUGUGCCUCAUUCUUCUGAUUGCUGUGCUUGUUUACUGGAGAAAGUGUUUUCAGACUGCUCAUUUCUAUGUGGAAGACAGCAGCUCACCGCGUGUGGUCCCCAAUGAAAGUAUUCCCAUUAUACCUAUUCCAGAUGAUAUGGAAGCAAUUCCAGUCAAGCAGUUCGUUAAACACAUCAGUGAGCUGUAUUCUAAUAACCAGCAUGGGUUCUCAGAAGACUUUGAGGAAGUGCAGCGCUGUACAGCCGACAUGAACAUCACUGCGGAGCACUCCAACCACCCCGACAACAAGCACAAGAACAGAUAUAUCAACAUCCUCGCGUAUGAUCACAGUAGGGUGAAGCUAAGGCCUUUACCAGGAAAAGAUUCGAAGCACAGUGACUACAUUAAUGCCAAUUAUGUUGAUGGUUACAACAAAGCAAAAGCCUACAUUGCUACCCAGGGACCUUUAAAAUCUACAUUUGAAGAUUUUUGGAGGAUGAUUUGGGAACAAAACACUGGAAUCAUUGUCAUGAUCACAAACCUUGUUGAAAAAGGAAGAAGGAAAUGCGAUCAGUACUGGCCAUCAGAAAACAGCGAGGAGUAUGGCAACAUUAUAGUCACGCUGAAGAGCACAAACAUUCACGCCUGCUACACUGUGCGCCGCUUCACCAUCAGGAACACAAAGAUGAAAAAGGGUCAGAAGGGAAAUCCCAAAGGGCGGCAGAAUGAGAGAAUGGUUAUUCAGUAUCACUACACUCAGUGGCCUGACAUGGGUGUGCCGGAGUAUGCCCUGCCUGUGCUAACCUUCGUUCGGAGAUCCUCGGCAGCCAGAACUACGGACAUGGGACCAGUGGUUGUGCACUGCAGUGCUGGUGUUGGCAGAACUGGUACCUACAUUGUGAUAGACAGUAUGCUGCAACAGAUAAAAGACAAAAGCACAGUUAAUGUCCUGGGUUUCCUGAAACACAUCAGGACACAGCGCAACUACCUCGUCCAGACAGAGGAGCAGUACAUUUUUAUUCAUGAUGCCUUGUUGGAAGCCAUCCUUGGGAAGGAAACUGAAGUAUCUGCAAACCAGCUGCAUAGUUAUGUUAACAGCAUCCUCAUUCCUGGCAUAGGAGGGAAGACACGACUAGAAAAACAGUUCAAGCUGGUUACACAGUGUAAUGCAAAGUACGUAGAAUGCUUCAGUGCUCAGAAAGACUGCAACAAAGAGAAGAACAGGAACUCAUCAGUCGUGCCGUCUGAGCGUGCUAGAGUGGGCUUGGCACCACUGCCUGGAAUGAAGGGAACUGAUUACAUUAAUGCCUCUUAUAUCAUGGGCUACUACAGGAGUAACGAGUUCAUCAUAACCCAACAUCCGCUGCCACAUACAACUAAAGAUUUCUGGCGAAUGAUCUGGGAUCACAAUGCACAAAUCAUCGUCAUGCUACCGGAUAACCAGAGCCUGGCAGAAGAUGAGUUUGUGUACUGGCCAAGUCGCGAGGAAUCCAUGAACUGUGAGGCCUUUACUGUGACCCUUAUCAGCAAAGACAGACUGUGCCUCUCUAACGAAGAGCAAAUUAUCAUCCAUGACUUUAUCCUUGAAGCUACCCAGGAUGACUACGUUCUGGAAGUCCGUCACUUUCAAUGUCCUAAAUGGCCAAAUCCAGAUGCUCCUAUAAGCAGUACCUUUGAACUCAUUAAUGUAAUCAAGGAAGAGGCCUUAACAAGGGAUGGCCCCACCAUAGUUCAUGAUGAGUAUGGAGCUGUGUCGGCAGGAACGCUGUGUGCCCUUACCACUCUGUCCCAGCAGCUGGAGAAUGAAAAUGCUGUCGAUGUUUUCCAGGUGGCAAAGAUGAUAAAUCUUAUGCGGCCUGGAGUAUUUACAGACAUUGAACAGUACCAGUUUCUUUACAAGGCAAUGCUAAGCUUGGUCAGCACUAAGGAAAAUGGAAAUGGUCCCAUGACACUGGACAAAAACGGUGCUGUGAUGGCCAGUGAUGAAUCAGAUCCCGCGGAAAGCAUGGAGUCUCUUGUCUAAUUGGAAACCUGAAAAGGCACUUAAUUUGUAGAACUUCUGAAGACUGAGCGAACUUUUUUGAGGCCUUUUUUGCCAGACUCUAGGUUAUACAAUAACCCAAUUACUUUUUUACACUGAUAAAAGUUUUGAUAUUUAUUUUUUGCCAUUUUAUGUCUUAAUGGUAUCCUACUGAGCAUUUGCACCUCUGUUUAUUUCACACAGUGAAACGCAAUUUUAUCUAGUUUGCACUAUAUGAUCAGUGUUACUGCCUAUAAUAUUCUAAUACAAAACAAGCCCUGAUGUGACAUUCCAUGACAACAAGCAUAUGCUUUUUUGUUUUGUUUAAAUGAAGUUAAGUGAAGUUUUGCUAACUACAGUGACCCUCAAAUCUUACAUCUCGAAUGCUAGACCAGGUGGAUUCUUUCUAUGACAGAUACUAUACCCCUUCAUACCAUAUUUAUUAUUUUAAUUAUCAUGUCACAAUUUUGGUAACUGUAGUCUGUAUUCCAGUGGAAUGGAUGAGCAAAGUUCAUCCUUUCUUGACAAAAUGUGGCAGGUGAUUUUUAGCUACAAUGAAGAUGUGACAGCCUUGUGGAGCUGAAACAAUUGUGUCUGUAUUGUUUCAAAUUACUGUUUUGUACACUCACAGGCCUAGGACUUGCUUCACAUAGAAUAUAUAAAUUACAUACAAUAGAAAUAUGAAUUAGAUGCAAUUCAUAUGCGGGACACAUUUACAGGUUUUGAAUUUACAGCUCCAAAGUUUCCCUAUUUAUUCAGGAAAAAUGUCAAUUUUAGUUUUAUUUUCAUCAGAGCCAAUACAGUGAGAAAUCUACUACAGUCCCAAAUCAGACCUGUUUUCAGAUAUAUUGAAGGUAGCAAUAUUUUACAUUACUAAGCUAUUCAAUAUUUUAAACACAUUAAUUUCCUUACUAUUUCUUGAAUAUGACCUCACACCUAAUGGUAUGUUACAUGAUGACAGGCGUUUCUUAAUUUCAUAACUGUUAGAUGCCAUUUUUACAGGUGUGUAAUUUUCAUACUUUAGUGCUAAAACAUAAAGUACUGAUCCAUAUUUACUGGUGAAGCAAACUAAUAAAAAAAACUACCUAUAAA